AUGAAUAUUCUGACAGGCGUCAACAGACCAACAUUCAGUGGACCUUUGUUGUUGAUGGAGCUAGCAUUUUUAUUAAGAGGUGUUGGCACUGAAGUUUGUUGGGUUACAACCAUGAAACCGUCAGAUGCAGAUGUAGUGAUAUACAGUUUGGAACAUAAGAUGUUGGACCGAGGGGUGCAGGUCCUCUCUGAAAAUGGCCAAGAAGCUGUAAAUACAGCUCUCAAAGCUGAUUUGGUUGUAUUGAACACCGCAGUUUCUGGGAAAUGGUUGGAUGUUGUUCUUAAGGAAAAUGUUCCCCGUGUUCUCCCGAAAGUGUUGUGGUGGAUCCAUGAAAUGCGUGGCCAUUACUUCAAAUUGGAUUAUGUCAAGCACCUCCCGCUUGUUGCAGGUUCUAUGAUAGAUUCACAUGUAACAGCAGAAUAUUGGGAGAAUAGGACUCGAGAACGUUUGGGUAUCAAAAUGCCAGAGACCUUUGUUGUUCACCUUGGAAACAGCAAGGAACUAAUGGAAGUUGCUGAAGAUAGUGUAGCAAAAAGGGUUUUGCGUGAGCAUGUCCGAGAGUCUCUUGGAGUGCGAAGAGAAGAUCUACUAUUUGCCAUCAUAAACAGUGUUUCACGUGGAAAAGGCCAAGAUCUGUUUUUGCGUUCCUUCUAUGAAAGCUUGCGAUUGAUCCAAGAGAAGAAGCUGCAACUGCCAAGAAUGCAUGCAGUAAUUGUAGGGAGUGACAUGACUGCUCACACCAAGUUUGAGCAUGAACUACGUAACUUUGUAUUGAUGAAGAAAAUUCAAGAUCGUGUUCAUUUUGUAGACAAAACUCUGACUGUAGCUCCAUAUCUGGCUGCAAUUGAUGUCCUUGUUCAAAAUUCCCAGGCACGGGGAGAAUGCUUUGGUAGGAUAACUAUUGAAGCCAUGGCAUUUCAGCUGCCUGUAUUGGGAACAGCAGCAGGUGGCACCACAGAGAUUGUAGUGAAUGGAACAACAGGUUUGUUGCAUCCUGUUGGGAAGGAAGGGAUCACUCCUCUUGCGAAAAAUAUUGUAAAACUUGCCACUCAUGUUGAGAGGAGGCUUACAAUGGGGAAGAGAGGCUACGAAAGGGUCAAAGAAAGGUUUCUAGAACACCAUAUGGCAAAUAGAAUUGCUGCCGUUCUCAAGGAAGUGUUGCACAAGUCAAAGAGCCACUCAGAUUCCUAA